UUUCCCCCUCGUCAAGUUCCUCAAGGCUGCAUCUUUGUGUUCCAGUCUUGUGUCGCAAUAUACAUUCGAUCCCACUAUCGAUCGCUACCCUCCUCCGGCACAAGCGCUCCUUCCAAACCUGCUUCAGGGCCUCUGAACAUCAGCCCCUCCUCUCACCUCUUUCGGGUCAGAACAACAACCAGCCUUCAAAAUGCAUCGCACAUACUCGAUGCGCCAGUCGCGCGCCCCUACAGCUUCCCAAAUUGAAAACCCUCCUCCACCGCCAUCGUCCACUAAGAGCGGCCGCCUGUUUGGUCGAUCCCCCUUCGGACAUGCGUUGAGAAAACAGGCCGCGGGCGCCUUCGGGCCUGAGCUCGCGAAGAAGCUGUCACAACUCGUCAAGAUGGAGAAGAACGUCAUGCGCUCUAUGGAAGUCGUGGCGCGGGAAAGAAUGGAAGUGGCUCAACAACUCUCUCUGUGGGGUGAAGGCUGCGACGAGGAUGUCAGCGAUGUGACCGACAAGCUUGGGGUCCUCAUUUACGAGAUCGGCGAACUGGAAGAUCAGUUCGUCGAUCGAUAUGACCAAUACCGCGUCACGAUCAAAUCUAUCCGCAACAUUGAAGCCUCUGUCCAGCCGUCGCGCGACCGUAAGCAGAAGAUCACCGAUCAGAUUGCUCAACUCAAGUACAAGGAGCCAAACAGCCCUCGCAUUGUGGUCCUGGAGCAGGAAUUGGUUCGAGCCGAGGCCGAGUCGCUCGUGGCCGAGGCACAGCUGUCCAACAUCACUCGAGAGAAGCUCAAGGCAGCCUUCAACUACCAGUUCGAUGCCGUGCGCGAGCACUGCGAGAAGGUGGCCAUCAUUGCCGGCUACGGCAAGCACCUGCUUGAGUUGAUCGAUGACACUCCCGUCACUCCUGGCGAGACGCGCCAGGCCUACGAUGGCUAUGAGGCAUCUAAGGCCAUUAUCCAGGAUUGCGAGGACGCCUUGACCAACUGGGUUUCCUCCAAAGCCCAGGUCCACUCUAGUCUAUCCACUCGCGCGCGCACUCUGAGCCAGAGACGAAAGGCCAACGCCGCCAAGCGCGAGGGUGUCGACCUGACUGGCCAAGAUCAGCCUAUGAAGAGCGACCGUGACAGCUGGGUCCCGGCGGAUCAGCAUGGCGAAUAUGAGCAGGAGGAUGAAGAGGAGGAAGAGGAGGAAGAAGAAGAAGCUCCGGCCGGAACCAAUGGACAACACCAGGUCGCAGCCUAA